AUCUUUUGUCGUAUGCAUCACCUUCAAAAACGAGUAGGAUAUAAAAAUUUAAAUUUAGUCGAGCUCCAAUACAAAUAUCAGACACUAGGUAAAAACCAACCCCCUACCCCCCCCCCAAAAAAAAAGUACACCUAGUAGAAAUAGUAUUAAAGAGGGAUAGGACAAUGCCAUUCUUUUAAAUUGACCCUUGGGUUCUCUCUCUUAUUCAACACAGCUAUCUUUUUUUGUCCUCCAAAAGUUUUUUUUCCCUUUGAAUAUGGAGUUAGCUUUGAGCUUAGGAGGGGAAACCCCAAAACCAAUUAUGUUUCUUGAAAAAUCAUCAUCUUCAUCUUCUUCUUUACAUGAGAAAAAGGUGAAUAAAGAUGAUUUAGGGUUUUGCAUGGUUUUAGGAAAGUGCAAUGAAGGUCAUGAAGAUGAAAAUGGAAGAAGAAAAAGAUCAAGAAAUCAUCAUCAAGAAGUUACUAUAUGUAGUAAAGGUUCAUCGUCAAAAGAUCUAUCACUUCAACUUGAUCUCCUUCCUUCUUCUAAAAACACUUCUUCACAACUUGGUUUCCCUUGGCUCUCUCAAAAUUUAGCUACUGAACCGGCCGGUUUGACAAAUGGACCAGCGUUGGAGGCAGAGGAAGGGGCGGCGCUUUCAUCUCCGAACAGUGAAAUAUCGAGUUUUCAGAUGAACUUUUCGAUAUAUAGAAAUGGAAAGUUAAUAAAUAUGAAGAGAGAUCAAUAUGACGGAGAUUAUAAGUGGGGUAAUAUUAAUAAUUAUUCUACGUCCAGAGCAAGUGAUGAAGAUGACGCGUCAGCAAGAAAGAAACUUAGACUUACAAAAGAACAAUCAGCUUUUCUUGAAGAAAGUUUCAAAGAACACAACACUCUCAAUCCUAAACAGAAGCUUGCUCUUGCAAAGCAGUUAAAUCUUCGUCCAAGACAAGUGGAAGUGUGGUUCCAAAACAGAAGAGCAAGGACAAAAUUGAAGCAGACAGAAGUAGAUUGUGAGUAUUUAAAGAAAUGUUGUGAGACAUUGACAGAAGAAAAUAAAAGGCUGCACAAAGAACUUCAAGAAUUAAGAGCUUUAAAAUCUUCACAACCUUUUUACAUGCAACUUCCUGCCACCACACUCACUAUGUGUCCUUCUUGUGAGCGGGUCGCUACCACCUCUGCCACCACGACCACCGCCGCGGCCACCACGACACCUGUUGGUGCCGCCGCGGACACGGCGGGGGUUCAUAAUCAUAAGUUGAUCACCUUGAUGACUAAAUGAUCUAGUGUGUAUAUAAUUAGGGUUUUGACAUAAUUGUUUUGGUUGUUAUUUUUAUCUUUAUGGUGAGUUUAGAACUAGCUAGCUAGGUAACAAGUUGUGGGAAGAAAAAGAAAAAAACAAUAUUUUAUUGUUUGAAAUUUUUGAUGUUUUUUAAUUAGAAGGAAGAAAUUAAAUAACUUAUGUUUCCUUAGCUUUAUUUUUGAUGAAUAAUCCAAAGAUUAAUUUGGGUGUGUAA